AGACAUGCAUUCCAGUGAUAAAACACAUUCUAUCAAGCUCCUUACAUUUCUUAUACAUCAUAAACAAGAAGAUGGAAAUGAAAUCAUUUAAAGUAGAUGAAGAAGCGAAUGCACAACUGGAUAUGUGGAAGUAUGUGCUUGGUUUCACUCCAAUGGCACUUGUGAAAUGUGCCAUUGAACUCCAAAUAGCUGAUGUUUUGGAAAGCCACGGUGGAGCCAUGACACUUUCUGAGCUAUCCGCUGCUCUCGGCUGCUCGUCUUCUACCUUACACCGCAUAAUGAGAUAUUUGAUGCACCGUGGUAUCUUUAAGCAGGUGGUCAGAGGCCAAGAAUCAUCAAUUUGUUACGCGCAAACACCACUUUCCCGUUUGCUUAUAAAGAAUGGAGGGAAUAGCAUGGCUGCUUUAGUUUUGCUGGAAAGCAGCCAUGCAAUGCUUGCUCCCUGGCACAGAUUGAGCAAAAGUGCUCUUAUUAGUGGAGCUUCGGCAUUUGAGGCCGCACAUGGUCAGGAUUUAUGGCAGUAUGCAGCGGCAAACCCAGUCCAUAGCAAGCUAAUCAACGAUGCAAUGGCCUGCCAUGCUAGGGUGGAUAUUUCAGCAAUCGUCAAUCAAUAUCCUGAGGCAUUUAAGGGGAUCAGCUCAUUAGUCGAUGUAGGUGGUGGAGAUGGGACUGCUCUUCAGAUUUUGGUGAAGGCUUACCCCUGGAUUCAUGGCAUUAACUUUGAUCUCCCUCAUGUCGUGUCUGUGGCCCCCCAAUGUCAGGGUAUAAAGCACGUUCAAGGCAACAUGUUUGAAAUCGUUCCAAAGGCGGAUGCUGCUUUCCUUAUGUCCGUGCUACAUGAUUGGGGUGAUGAUGAGUGUAUCGAUAUAUUGAGAAAGUGUCGAGAAGCUAUUCCGAAGGAUACAGGGAAGGUGAUCAUUGCUGAGGCAGUGAUUGAUGAAGGAGAAGAGGACAAGUACACGGAUGUCCGUUUGGCAUUGGACAUGGUGAUGCUGGCUCACACAGAGAAAGGAAAAGAGAGGACUAUUGAAGAAUGGGAAUACGUAGUGAAUGCAGCUGGCUUCACUCGGUUCACGGUCAAACAUAUUCAAGCCACUAUAUCGGUGAUUGAGGCCUAUCCAUGAGUGAAAACUUGAAUAGCAAUUGUAUGCUUUUCAUUUAUCUCGUCAAACGAUAUCUUUCUAUUAAGUUGUUAAAUAAGCUGCCAUUCCGUCUGUUGUAUGUUGAACUCUUGUGUUUGUCGAAGUUGGAGCGAAUAAAAAGUAGAUUCUGGUCACUCAUCUUCUGGGUUUGUGGAAUGGUUUAUUUAUGCCAGCAAUUACAAAAAGACAUGGUUUCUUUUA